AUGUACCCCUACUACAGACCCCCAGUCGACCAAAUCCUCCACCUCUUCACCUUCAACGGAAUCAACCCUCUGAAAAAAUCCCUCGCCGCCACUCUCCUAGUCACACUCGAACUCACCUCGAUCACCACCACCAUGCUGCUGAUUUUCACCCAGUUCUUCUACAGCGACUUCUCCAUGAAGCUCUUCGUGGACUCCGUCGAAUCCCUCUUCACCACGUCCCAGCUCCUAGUCAAGCUCACGACGUUCGUCGUCAAGAAGCGCGAAAUCAAAAUCCUGCUGGUGCAGAUUUCGAGCUUCUGGAGUCUGAGCCAGUUCGACCAGAAGUUCAGACAGGAGUGUUUGGGGCACUUGAAGUAUAUCAAGUCGACGGUGAAGAUGUUCAUCGUUCUGUGUGCUAGUGUGAUGGUGUUCUUUAUGUUUAGUCCGGUGUUUGCAGACAGACUAGCGAUUAUUUGCUACGUUCCGGAAUUCAUGCCCAGAUGGGUUUUCGUGGUUUAUAAUAGCUGGGUUUUCGGGUAUAUUGGUAUGGGGGUGGUGGCUUUCGACUCGUUUGUUUGUACCAUGAUUUUUAUGCUGCAUUUGCAAUAUAAGUUGUUGAACGAGAAAAUUUGCCUGAUGAGGUUGGAGGAGGUGCGAAACGUGGAUGACGAGAGGGUGUGUUUGCAGGAUUUGAGGAGUAUAAUACAAUUUUUAAAACAGCUGAAUUCGAUUUUAGGGAUCACCUCUUUUAUACAGUUCAUCCUGUAUAUAAUUUCGAUGUGUUUUGAAAUGUAUUUGGUGUCUAAAGGGUGCGAGUAUUUUUUUUUUUUGAUUGAUUUAAAUAUAACUGUCUUGGUUUUUAGGUCUGUGAAUCUGGAAAGUCUCAAGUCGUUGUUUUAUAUAACAACGCUUUCGUUUGAAAUGAUGCUGUGCUUUUGCAUUCCUUCUACUUAUUUGACGUCUGAGGCAUCCAAAACUCUCCAAGUUACCUACGAUACCAAAUGGUACGAAUGUAGGUCGACUUCGAUCCAGAAGAACAUCGUCAUAAUGAUGCUCAAAGGACAACAAAAAGCUGCUUUAUGGGCUGGCAACAUGUUUGUAUUCAAUUUAGAAACAGCAACUGAAGCAUUUAAAAAAACACUCUCAUUUUACACAUGCUUGAAAACGAUAGGAGAAACUACUUAA